AUGCCUGGUUUGGGCGCAAUGGGAGAGACUAGCCUGACUCCCUCCCAAAUCCAAUCGGGGUGGUCCGCCCCAUCUUCUUGUACUCAUACUCCUGCCCCUGCGGCUGUGCCGCCACAUGUAUAUUCCCCUAUGUCCUUUGAUCAGAUGUCAGAUUGCGAGCUCCUUGAUAUGGUUGCACAGAAUAUGAUUAUUUUAAAAAAAGAAUUCUUGCAACUACAAGGGGCUUAUGAAGCCCAAAGUGACCAAAUAUCACUAUUAAGGGCAGAACUUGAGGAACAUUGCAAUCAAUUGCAAAAUCAACAUAUUUUUUACUCAAACCAAAUUCAAGGAGCGGCUGCUUCCAUCCAGGCUGUGCAAGAUCAGCUUCUUCAUCAAUCUUCCUCUCGAUCCACAGCUCCACCCCCACCGCCUCCACCUCCUGGCACUGCCACCUUGAUCAACCCGCCACCUGCCCCUAUGUCUUCUAAUUCCGAUUUAAAAUUUGCCAAACCAAACAAGUUCAGCGGCAAAAAAGAAGACGCCCUCAAUUUUAUCAUUGCCUGCCAGGCUUACAUAAGGGCCAAAGGAGCAAAUUGA